GCACAAUAAUGCAGUUUUCCAUCUUCAAUGAACAAAGCAGAUUUGUGUCCAGACCAGCUGUGCAACAACAGAAGAAAUUAUCCUCCAAGAUGGCAGUUACUUCAGCCUAUGUAACUGAAAAGCCAGGAGAUGGCUUAGCUGGAGCGGACAUAUGUACGCUUCAGAUGAAUGUGAAGUAUGAAGCCUUCCCAUCUGUUGUCUGUUCUAUAUGCCUUUCAUUCGGCCUCAUCUACUGCUUUUUUGGAUACCGCUGCUUCAGGAUGGUCAUGUUCUUCUCUGGCUUCAUGUUUGGCACCACAGCUGUACUCCUGUUCUACCACAUGGAGCCUGUGAUGGACUCCCAGCUGCAGAUGGAGACAAAGGCAGGGAUCGGCUUGGGUGUGGGUGUGCUUUGCGGGCUGAUAACCAUGCUGGUGUCCACGAUGGGACUUGUCCUCAGCGGCAUGGAGCUGGGGAGCCUGCUCUCCCUUGCUAUUCUGGUGGUCAUUGGACAGUUUCACAGCCUUAGUCCUUCGUGGGUUCCUCUCACUGCCGUACUGGCGGCCGGUGUCAUCACUGCUGUCUUCACACUUCAGUGGCAGAAACAUUUCAGCAUCAUCUACACAUCUGUUUUUGGAGCAACCACUGUGAUGCUUUGUGUGGAUUACCUUGUGGGGAACUUUAUUCUACCAGAUCAGGUGUAUCAUAUGUUUUCUCAAGGUUCCCUAUGUCCACUCUGCUGGUUCAACUGGGUGAUCACUGGGAUAUGUCCUGUCUUGAGUCUCACAGGUGUGUUGGUGCAAUGGAGGUUUACUGCCAAAGGAGUAUCACACACACAUGCUGCAGACAAAAAACAGAAGAAACAUGCCAAGAAACACAGAUACAAACAGUCAAGGAGAAAACCUCAACCGCACCAUCGGUGCAGGCCUCCACCACUAAAACGCUAUGCUGGGGACGUCCUGGCACCGAGAUAUCUCCAGCGCCUUCAGGAGCGCCAGAUGGGAACAGGUUCCUCCAUCAGCACUGUCAGCACUAUCACACACACUUUAAUUGACUUUGACUUUGAGACGGGCUCCAUGGUGCCUUUGACUACUGCCUCCCCUGUCUAUACCGUCUGAAGGAGCACAGCGUUAAAUAACUGUAAACUACACCUAUUUGAGGAAUCAAUCCAUUACCAUAUAUUGUAUCUGGAAAUUAAGCAUUCUUUUGAACUGUUCACUUCCAGGUAAAUAAUUCCACCAUUUCCACUGUUGCCGUGAUUCCACUUAUCUGGUUUUGUUAAUGAUCAACAUGCACACACUGUUAAUCCGAGAUGCUGAGAGAUCAUCCUCUGACUGAGGACAAGACAAAAUAACACAGCUUCUACUCUUGUCAGACUGUUACUUUGCAGAGACUUUGUAAUGUUUUAUUUCACACAAUCGCAUGCUGACUUUUUAUUCUCCGAAUAUUACUACACCUUCUUGGAAACUGUUCAUAUGACUUCCUACAUACAGUAUGUAGGCCUAAAAUGUGUGUCUGGUUUAGUUUUGAAGCGAAAAUGCUCAAGGGGGAUUUGUUGGGUUUUCCCUAUGUAAUAAUAUUGAUAACAGUAAGGUC